AUGAUUAAAUUUGAAGAUUAUUUUUCUAUUCAAAUAUUUUUCAUUAUAUUACGAGAAACUUUAGAGACAGCAAUAAUUAUAUCUGUCUUAUUAUCUUUUAUCAAUCAACGAUCUCAUAAACAACAUCAUCAAGAAGAGGAAAGUUUAUCUGCAAAUAAUGAAAAUACUACUCGUCCUAUAUCUACGGAUCCUGGAAGUGGUGAUAUUAAUCGUAAAUUGAAAUUUCAAGUUUGGAUAGGAGCAAUAUUAGGAUUAAUUAUUUGUUUUAUAAUUGGGAUAAUUUUUGUUUUAAUAUUUUAUUUUGUUGGACAAGAUUAUUGGUCAUAUACUGAAAGAGUAUGGGAAGGAGUAUUUUCAAUUUUAUCAAGUGUAAUAAUUACUAUUAUGGGGAUUGGAUUAUUAAGAAUUAAUAAAGUGAUGAAAUUGAAAUGGUGGAUAAAAUUGGGUGAUGCCUAUAAUUAUAAUGGACAGCAACAACAACAACAACAACAACAACAACAACAACAACAAGAAGAGGAGGAGGAAAUUGCUGCUUUGACUGAUAAUGAUAUUUUAUUUGGUAGUAAUGGCAAUGGUGAAGAAGAUGAAGAUAGGUUGAAUUAUGGAGGAACUCGAUCAAGUUCUGAAUCGAAUGAAAUUAUUACCAAUAGUAAUAGUAAUGGUUCUAGUGGUAGUUCUAAUCCUGGAAUUUUGAAUAAUGAUAAUGAAGAAAGUAUACCUUUAACAGUAUCUUCUAAUUUCACUCCUUCCAACAAUAAACAUAAAUCAAUCCCUAAAAAGUCUAAACAUCCGCAUCGUCAAUCAUUUAAUAAGAAAUAUUUUUUGGCAAUAUUACCUUUAGUCACUACAUUAAGAGAAGGUUUAGAAGCAGUAGUUUUCAUUGGUGGAAGUGCUAUGAGUUCAUCACCAAAUUCUAUUCCAUUAUCUGUCAUAUGCGGGAUUUCUAUGGGGUCAAUUAUUGGUUAUUUCUUAUAUCAAGGAGGUAAUAAAUUAUCAUUACAAUAUUUUUUAAUUUUUUCUACAUGUUUUCUUUAUAUUGUUAGUGCAGGAUUAAUGAGUCGAGGAAUUUGGUUUUUAGAAUUAGAACAAUUUGUUAGACAAUGUAAUGGAUUAGAUAUUAGUGAAACUGGUAGUGGACCUGGUUCAUAUGAUAUUGCUAAAAGUGUUUGGCAUGUGAAUUGUUGUAAUGGAUUAACUGAUGGUUGGUGGAUGGUUUUCAAUGCAAUUUUCGGUUGGACAAAUUCAGCAACUUAUGGUAGUGUUUUAAGUUAUAUGAUUUAUUGGGGGGUGGUUAUUAUUUGGUUAAAAAUUAAAUUAUAUGAAGAACGUCAUGGUAUAUUACCUUUGGUACCAUUGAAAUGGCAAUUGAAAAGAAUUAAGAAAAGAAUUAGAUUAUAUGAAUUAAGAAAAAAUCACGAACAGGAACAACAACAAAGAUCAAUUGAAAAUGAUAGGACUGCUUUAUCGGCUUAG